CCCCCGCACAAUGGUCUUAUUAACGAGGUACCUGGGCCGCUCCGCUCGGAUAGUGGCCCGUAGAGGCCCAAUCGCUAUUCAACAUCGUCCUUUCUCUGCCUCCGCACCGACAUUCCUACCCGAAGAUCCCCCAGACCCCGUUCCUCCGAAAGACCCUCGUCCUGAAGACCUGCCGCCAGCGCCAGAGUACUCGCCGGAGCUAUUAUCCAAGGAAGAGCGUCAGUACUAUGACAUGUUGUCUCCGGAAGAGCGCGAGGAGUUCGACGCCGAGCACCGCAGAGCUGUCGAAGAAUUCAACGACCCCAAAGCGCGAAAGGCGAUGUUUGAUGAGAUCGAGAAAGAGGUGAACAAUAUCGACAGGCAGAUUCCCCUCCGAUUUACGGAGCCUCCUGGAAAACCUCGCGGUUUUUGGGCGAGAGAUGAAGACGAUGAAUUCGGUAUCGUGGAAGACGAAGAUGAUUUCCACAACGAUGAAAUCACUUCUAUGGCGCAUGCGGAGGUUGAGUUACAUCGUGAAGUGAGAGAAUACGCUAGAAUCACCGCAUGGGACAUGCCACUCUUAAGCAAGUUGGCUAAGCCUUUCACCCUCCCUCCCGAAACUCACAUUCUACGCUUCCGUUACACCACAUACAUGGGUGAGUCGCACCCGGCCGAGAAUAAGGUCGUCGUCGAACUCUCCAGCAGCGAUCUCGUCCCCAGGUACCUCACCGAGGCGCAGCGCCAAACCCUCCUCAAGCUGGUCGGCCCCCGCUACAACCCUGAUACAGACAUCAUCCGUAUGUCCUGCGAGAAAUUUGACACCCGCGCCCAGAACAAGCGUUAUCUAGGAGAUCUCAUCGAGACCCUGCUCAAGGAGGCCAAGGAAGGCGACUCAUUCGCCGACAUACCUCUCGACCUCCGUCACCACAAGCCGAAGAAGACGCUGCAGUUCCCGAAAGAAUGGAUCAUGACUGAGGAGCGCAAGAAGCAACUCGAGGCUACCCGUGCUGAGCGAAAACGUCUUGAGCAACAGAGACAGGGUGUUGUAGAUGGAAAUGCGGUCAUUGCGCAGGCGGUCAAGACACUUCCCGCUCUAAAUCCUGCCCUGAAGGCUCAUGCGACGGCGGAGCGCGAGAAGGUUGCUGUGAAAGUCGGGGCUAGGGGGCAGAAGCAGAAGCUACGCUAGGAGAAUAUCAUGAAGUCAGCCAUGGACGUUGAUGUUGUACAAUCUCUGUAUCUUUGCUUGAGGAUAGCGCAGGGCCGUUUAGACUAUUUUUCACGUUAAUGUACUAUACUAUUAGCACUUUAUCUUCUACAUACCUAAUUUUUCGAUACAAGAAAUAGUUGGCAG